UCCCUGGCUGGCCCAAGCACUGUGCAGGGAUGGAAGUGCCUAGCAGAGGAGCAUGGCAAAAUGGCUGUGUGGUGUCCUUCUCUCCCCUCUUGGCCAGGGUAAGGCCACACCGCCUCCUCCCCUGCCCCGGAGCCGCAGGGAAAGCUGGGCUGCUGGAAGGAGAUGAGCCGCGUCCCCAACCAAGUUUUCAGAGCAGCCUGGAGAGACAGGCCCCGAGUGCUGUGAAAUUCCCAGGCCCUGGUUGCUUCUGCCUGCCUUGCUGAGUCCCCUGAAAUCCAGGGUCCCUCCAAGAGCCAUGGUGUAGCUGGCUCUCCCCUCUCAAGGUGAUGUUGUCCAGGAGGCGCCUAACAUGGAUGUGGGGACUGGAGGGCCCCCCACUUGCUUCCGUUACCCUAAUGCUGCUUCUUGGCGUCGUUUGGCUGCUGGGGGGUUGCGAGAAUCUGUCCUUAGCGCCGGCACUGCUGUUCAGACACUUCCAAGUGUAUCGCCUGGCAACCUACUGCCUGUGCCACACGGACCCCUCCCUCCUGCUCCUCAACUUGCUGCUCUUUCCUGUGCUGGGCUGGCGCCAGGAGCGCCAGCAGGGGACCCUGCGCUACCUCCACGCCUCUCUGCUCAGCGCGGUGAUCUCGGCUCUGCUCUACCUCGUCCUGGCUGGGCUCUGGGCGCCUGCCCCUGAUGCUGCCAGCGGCUACACUCCGGUCCACCUGGCCAUGCUGGGGCGCCAUCUGGUACUGAGGAGCAGGGCUGGGGCCUCGGGGCAGGUUGGGGCUGGGGCCCUGCCCUGGCUGCUCCUCGCGUUCAGCCAGCUUCUCUCCCCCGGGUGCCCCUUCCUCCUCCACCUGAGUGGUGCGCUCACAGGGCUGGCCUAUUGGUCCAGGGUCUUGUCGUGGCUGGAGCUAUCGGAGAGGCGCCUGGAAGUGCUACAUGAUGGGGCUGUCUGCAGGACACUGGCGAGAAGCGGCUUCAUCCGCUUUAUCCUGUGUCCAAGAGCGGGGAUCCUUCCCACUAGCCAUGCGGCCAGCACCAGGGGCAGGUCUCCAGGACUCUCUGCCCCCCCAGCCCAGCAGUGCUUCUCAGGGGGCCUUUCAGACCAGUCCUUGGCCAUGGCACCUGCCUCUUCUUGGGCUGCUGAAAGACCGGGGUGCUGGCAGAGCUCUGGGAUGCCAUACCUGUCUGUCCCUCUGGCUCACUUCCCAGAUCUCCAUGGGAGCCCUCCCCCUUGGGACAGCCCCAGCCUGCACUCUGGGGCAUCACUCUUGGGCCUGGGAGAGGUCCUGCUGGAUGAGCAGCUGCUGCUGGCCGGGAUCCAGGCCUCCCUGAGGGAUGCCAGCCUGGAGGCUGCCGUGAGCGGAGUGCAGCUUUCCAAAUCCUCUGUCUCCUCUCUGCGGCUGCAGCAGCUGGAGAGGAUGGGCUUUCCCACGGAGCAGGCGGUGGUGGCACUGGCAGCCACGGGCCGAGUGGAGGGGGCCGUCUCACUGCUUAUUGGAGGCCAGGUUGGGGACGAAGCCGUGGUGAUGUCGGAGAGCAGGCCAGCCUGCCGUGAGCAUCUGCUUCCCACAGAGCAAGCCGUACCAUGCUUUCCCACCACAGAAUAAAGGGCCCCAGUAAUUAACAGUGGAAAUAACGGCCCCAGGCUGAACCACUGGGUUUGAGAUCACCAGGCCCUGAGGGAAGGAAGAGAGCAAAGCCCAUUACCGGAAACACCAUGAGCUUGGGGGCAUGCACCCUCUAUCCCAAGAUGGGGGAGUCCUGUAGGGCUCAGCUCCAGGCCUGGGCUCCAUGGGGGAUGGUUAGACUCAUAGACUUUAAGGUCAGAAGGGACCAUUAUGAUCAUCUAGUCUGACCUCCUGCACAAUGCAGGCCAUACAAUCUCACCCAUCCACUUCUAUAACAAACUCCUAACCUAUGUCUGAGUUAUUGGAGCCCUCAAAUUGUGGUUUGAAGACCUCAAGCUGCAAGUGAUUCGUGCCCCACGCUGCAGAGGAAGGUGAAAAACCUCUAGGUCCUCUGCCAAUCUGGCCUGGAGGAAAAUGCCUUCCCAACCCCAAGUAUGGCAAUCAGUUAAACCCUGAGCAUGGGCAAGACUCACCAGCCAGCACCUGGGGAUGGGGAAGCAGGAGCAGGUGAGCCAGGUGCUGAGCUGGGUGCUGCAGGGAGGAAGAGCAGUUGCAUGACUGAGGCAUGGCUCGGGCUGUGCAGAGGAGUCACUUGCAGCAUGGUGUCUCCUACCUUCUCCAUCCCUCCCCUCGUACCAGCCCCCACGGGCUCUGGCCUCUUGUUUUCUGCCUGAUCCAUCCCUUCCUUGGUAAGGCCAUGCUAAAUUUUAACUUGAGUUAGCAGCCAGAUUAGUACUGGCCAUUCUGGGCCUCCCAAAUAUUCCAGGGCACAAGCCUCUAUGAUUGAGGCUGGGAUUCAGGCUGUCCUGGAACUGACAUUUAGGGAGCGUCCAUGCUAGCAUGGGCAAAUAUAUUUGCUAAUUGGCGACUGAGUGACUGGUGUUAGAAAGCACCAGUGUAGACAGAUCGUCACUAGCUGGGGCGGGGGGUGAGGCCAGUAUUGGGGGCAGCACAGACGAACACAGCCCAGGGAACUCCAGAUUUAAUGCUGCUGCUGGGUGCAGGGGAUGCUAGAAAACAGGCCAGAUCCAUGCUUGUGUUCACUGCAGCCUAAACUCUGCCACACAUCAUGUCACCCCAGGCAGUCCCGUGGCAUCGGGGUAUGGGGUUAUGUCACCAGCAGUCUGGGAAUUGUACACAGUCCGUAACUGUGACAUCUCCCCAAAGGCCGACUGCCCUGGAAAGCAGAGGGGAGGGCUAGCCAGGGAACGGUGCCUGCCAGCUCCCAUCCCAUUGCCUGAAGGUGGUACCUGCUUUCUCUGCCUGCCCUCUGGCUGGCUUUACCAAGGGUUGGCUCCUGCACCCACCAGUUCCCAUGCUACGUGGGAUCCACCUGGAGACUGCCAGCAUCAUGGCCCUGCAGCUGCUUUCCAGCCUUGCUCUGGCUUGCGACAGGCUCUGAGCCAGCGAGCCCUGCCACCAUUGCUAGGGGCCCCUGCAGAAGUGCCUGCUGCCUGGCCAGCCGGAUGUGCCUGCCUGGGGAGCUGACCUGUGGACCCGUGGAAGUGACCUGUCACUGUUCUUUGCUGGAGAAAUAAAGUUUCACCAAACCCUG